UCGCAUGCCUGACACACAAAGACUUUUUCUAUUGAAAUUUGACCUCUGUUAUUUGUAAAUGAUUACUAGUGAACCCAUCAAACGUGACCACCGUUCACAAACUACAACCGUCAACAACAUAUCCUUUUUCUCAUCCAGUUGUGUACCUUCAGAGACUGCAAUAGCAAUGGAAGCUGAACCACAGCACCAACUGAAUGUCAUUUUUCUUCCAUUUCCAACACCUGGCCAUAUGAUCCCCAUGGUGGACACAGCAAGGCUAUUUGCCAAGCAUGGUGUUAGUGUUACCAUCAUCAUUACUCCUGCUAAUGCUUCCACAUUCCAAAAGGCCACAGACACUGACUUCCGUUGUGGAUACAACAUCAGGACUCAAGUUGUUCCAUUCCCUGCAGUCCAAGUUGGUCUCCCUGAUGGGGUUGAGAGUUUCAAAGAUUGCACUUCCCCAGAAAUGAUAGAAAAAUUCAUGCAUGGGACAUUAGUGCUCAAAGAUCAAAUUGAGCUUCUGUUUCAAGAUCUGAAACCGGAUUGUAUAGUCACAGAUAUGUUGUAUCCUUGGACAUUGGAGUCUGCUACAAAACUAGGCAUUCCAAGGCUUUACUAUUACAGCUCAAGCUACUUCUCCACAUGUGCCAGACAUUCUAUCAUGAAGCACAAGCCUCAUGAGAGGUUGCUUUCUGAUUCUCACAAGUUUACAAUUCCUGGUUUGCCUCACAGAAUAGAGAUGACCCCUCUGCAGCUAGCAGAAUGGAAACCGACCAAUAGUUUUCUCAAUGACUUUUUUGAGACGGUAUAUGAAUCAGAGAGAAGAAGCUAUGGAGUAGUGUACAACAAUUUUCAUGAACUGGAAGGAGAUUAUGAGCAACUGUAUAGGAGCACUGUGGGGAUCAAAUCUUGGAGUUUAGGACCAAUUUCAGCCUGGGUUAACAGGGGACACAGGGAUGACCUCGCACAAGAUUCAGAAUGGCUAAAUUGGCUCAACUCAAAGCAAAAUGAGUCUGUGCUUUAUGUAAGUUUUGGAAGCCUUGCCAGGCUCCCUCAUGCUCAACUUGUUGAACUGGCUCAUGGUCUUGAACAUUCUGGUCACAGUUUCAUCUGGGUCAUCAGGAAAAAUGAUGGAAAUGAGAAUGAGUUCAGUUUCCUGCAAGAGUUUGAGCAGAAGAUGAAAGAGAGCAAGAAGGGUUACAUCAUAUGGAACUGGGCACCACAGUUGCAGAUAUUGGAGCACCCUGCCACAGGAGGCAUUGUAACUCACUGUGGUUGGAAUUCCAUUCUUGAAAGUGUGUGUGCUGGAUUGCCAAUAGUCACAUGGCCAAUGUUUGCUGAUCAAUUUUACAAUGAGAGGUUGGUAGUUGAUGUGUUGAAGAUUGGAGUCCCAGUUGGAGUGAAAGAAAACAAGUGGCGAAGCAUGGGAGAGGAUGCAGCUGUGGGAAGGGAAGAGAUCGCAAAGGCUGUGAAACUGAUUAUGGGAAAAGAAGAGAGAAGUGAAAUGAAGAUGAGAGUAAGAAAGCUUGGUGAUGCUGCCAAGAAGAGCAUAGAGGAGGGUGGAUCCUCUUGCAACAACUUGAUGCAGUUGCUAGAUGAGCUCAAAUCAUUGAAGAUAACUAGGGCUAGGGGCAAUUGAGAAACCAAAUCAGAUCAUUCAAGUAGGGGGCUGAUAUUCGUGGUGCUUGAGGAGGUGAAGCUGAUGAAGGUUUUUAGAUAAUAAAAUGGGAAAACGUCCAACUAUGUCUUUCUUGCAGCUAAAUUUGAUGUUUAGCUAGCUAGCUAAUUACUUGUGAGCUGUUUUGAUAUAAGAAUAUUCUAGUUUUUACCAUGUCAUUUGCAUGUUUUGAAGAUUCCAUGUUAGGAAAAAGAAAUCUUGUCAUGAAUAAAAUUUCAUGUAUUUGAGUGUGUCAA